CCCGCCCGGCUCUUCCGGCCGCGCCGCGGCCGCGCCGAUGGCGGUGAAUUACGCGGCCGGGCUGUCGCCGUACUCGGACAAGGGCAAGUGCGGCCUCCCCGAGAUUUUUGACCCUCCGGAGGAGCUGGAGCGGAAGGUGCAGGAGCUGGCAGAGCUGAUCCGCAGCUCCUCCCAUGUGGUGUUCCACACGGGGGCAGGGAUCAGCACGGCCUCGGGCAUCCCUGACUUCAGGGGCCCCAAUGGUGUGUGGACUAUGGAAGAGAAAGGGCUCUCCCCAAAAUUCGACACCACCUUCGAGAAUGCCAGGCCCUCCAAGACUCACAUGGCGCUGCUGGGGCUGCAGAGGGUGGGGAUCCUGAAAUUCCUGGUCAGCCAGAACGUGGACGGCCUGCACGUGCGCUCGGGAUUCCCACGGGACAAGUUGGCCGAGCUCCACGGGAACAUGUUUGUGGAAGAGUGUGUGAAAUGUGGGAAGCAGUACGUGCGCGACGCCGUCGUGGGCAGCAUGGGGCUCAAGCCCACAGGACGCCUCUGCAGCGUCACCAAGGCCCGGGGGCUGCGGGCCUGCAGAGGGAAGUUACGAGACACUAUUCUGGAUUGGGAAGAUUCCCUGCCUGACCGUGACCUGACGCUGGCAGAUGAAGCCUGCAGGAAAGCCGAUCUCUCUGUCACCCUGGGGACCUCUCUGCAGAUCAAACCCAGCGGGAACCUCCCGUUGAUCACCAAGAAGAGAGGAGGGAAGUUGGUCAUUGUCAACCUCCAGGCAACCAAACACGACCGCCAGGCCGACCUGCGCAUCCACGGCUACGUGGAUGAGGUGAUGAUGAAGCUGAUGAAGCACCUGGGGCUGGAGGUGCCCGAGUGGACGGGGCCGGUGGUGGUGGAGAGCGCCGAGCUGGCCGAGGGCGAGCGGGAGCAGCUCAAGGAGGAGCCCCUGGGGCAGCACAACGGCACCGCAGCGCCCCCAGAGCGCCUCAAGCAGGAGUGCCCCAGCCCGGACACGGGGCCAACGCCCGUGAAGAAGAUGAAGGUGGAGCCUCUCCUCACCUGACCUGGACUGUCCCUGUCUCACCUGGGCUGCUUUUCCUACUACCGACUUUUUUUUAUACCCUUAAAUAUUGUCCCUUUUUUUAUGUCAGUAUUAAACAUACUUGAAUUGUG